AUUUGCGCGCGCGCGCUCCCCACAGGAGGCUGGUUCCUGACAGAAGGGUCGGAAGAGUUCCAGCUGCCUGUAAAACCGACGCCGCUGUGCAGGAGCGCGCGUCCUUCGAGUCUUGUCAGCCUGAUCGAGACUCCCAAAGAUGUCAGCGCAAGGCCAUACCUGGUCCCGACCGAUGAAGAAGGAGGAUGAGGAAGAAGACCCACUGGAUCAGCUGAUCUCCCGCUCUGGCUGUGCUGCUUCCCACUAUGCAGUGCAGGAGUGCAUGGCCCAGCAUCAGGACUGGCGACAGUGCCAGCCACAGGUGCAGGCCUUCAGGGAUUGCAUGAGUGAACAGCAGGCAAGGCGAAGGGAGGAGCUGCAGAGGAGGAAAGAGCAAAGCAGUGCCCACAGCUGAAAUCCCAAACCACCUAUCCCCAGAGGAUGGCCCUGCAGAAACUAGCACCCAGAGAGAUCAUGGGAGGAAGAAAUCCUAAACAGUGGAAGUGUGGGCCAAGAAGUGUAAGACUUGGGGAUAGUCUUGGGCCUGGGGUUGAAAGCCAGGCAGCCAUGGGUUUGGACAUUUCUGCCAUAAAAAGCUGUCAUAUUUUCAUGUUGAGAUCCCACACAUCCUCAUCCAUCUUGUGCCACCAAUAUUAAAUACUGACCAGUAUUUGCCAUGUAAAACAAGAAUGGAGUUAAGGGAUGCUCUCCUACCCUGUGUCCUGGGUCAGUGUGUCUAGCCCUGAGCUGAUUACAUGGACAUUUAAUUUUAAAGUAAAUUCACAAUCUAAAGGUAAAUUUGUUACCUAAUCAUUUCUUCAUUUAUUAAGUCACUGGUUCAAAAAUAUCAGGGUUUUCAGAGACCUUCUCAUGUGCCAGGCACCGUGUUGGAAACUGAUGUGAUGAAAAUAUGAUCUCUGCCUUCAUGUUGCUUAGUCUGGUUUGAGAGAGAAACAAAACAACACUAGAACAACUAAUCCUAACAAUAAUAUAAAUGACUUUAUCUCA